UACAACUCGAACCUAACACCAGUAAAAUGACUGAAUAUUCUCCUUCUAUCAUAAGGUGUGGAUCUUUAACUCCUGCCUCAGAAAUGCCCUCCCAGACGAACCCAGACUCUGUCAAGAUCAAAGCCUGGUCAGAAGAUACCUGGAAGGAGUAGGUGACCACCACAGCUAUGAACCACACGGAGCCACUGAUGCACUUGGCUGCUCCUGUGCUCCUCCACCGAUGAAGAGUGCUGGACACAUGGACCACAGCCAGAUACCGAUCUAUACAGAUGCUGAGGUCAGUGGAGCAGGAAAAAGACUUAUGGUGCAGCUGGGAUGGAAACUGCAACACAAAAUGUGGCUGUCAAGGGUGAAGCUGCUCUCAGACCAGAAUUUAUAACAACCAAGGAAAAGUUUCAUGACUUCAUAGACACUGAGUCAAGUAAGAAAAAUGAUGACGAUGGUGAGACAGCUGAGAGCACAGAGGAAACCUGCGCCGAGGAACCUGAAUCUAAGAAGUUGAAACUCAACCCUGAAGAGAAGCCCAAAGAGGACAGGCCAGAUUGUAAACGCCAUCGAGGACAGAAUAAAUCCAGGCCUCACGUAAAACCAAACACCUAUGAAGAAAAACGCCUUUGCCUCUCAGUUGUUAAGAACAAUGUGUGUCCAUUUGGAGACAAAUGCCGCUUUUUUCACGAUGUGGCUGAGUACAUGGCCUCCAAGCCGGCCGACAUCGGUGAAAGCUGCCACCUGUAUGACACGUUUGGAAAGUGUUCAUACGGCGUCUCCUGUCGCUUCGCCAACGCACACACUACCCCUGACUUCAAAACCAUGGAAAACAAAGACCUGGUUGCAGCUUGGGAAAACAGGGCCACGGUGAGGAACAGCUUGAAUAAAGAGCUCCAGACUCGCUUGAGGAAACGUUCGGAGCCCUUUACCAAAUCAGUAGAGUACUUGAAAAUGCUUUCAAAAUACAAGGACAAGAAAGAGCAGAACAGAAAUGGUGAGUCUUGCCCAGCUGCGGUGUCAACGGAUCCAACAAAUGAACAGCAGCAUGUGUCUGCAGAAGCAGAUACACAGCAGACAGUUCCAGACACACAGCCUCCAGUAAAGACCAUUGGUCCACUUACUGAUGCUGAUGUCAUCAAGUUACGGCCAUGUGAAAAGAAACAGGUGGAUUUCAAUGACAAACUCUACCUUGCUCCUCUAACAACUUGUGGAAAUCUGCCUUUCCGUCGUGUUUGUAAGCGUUUCGGAGUGGACAUCACCUGUGGAGAGAUGGCGAUGUGCACCAACCUGCUGCAGGGCCAGCAGUCAGAGUGGGCUCUCCUCAAGAGGCAUGAGAGUGAAGAUGUGUUCGGAGUCCAGGUGGAGGGCUGUUUCCCUGACACCAUGACCAGGUGUGCAGAGCUCAUAAACAACAACACUGACGUUGACUUUGUGGACAUUAACUCUGGAUGUCCCAUCGAUCUUGUCUACAAGAAGGGCGGCGGCUGUGGCCUGAUGACUCGCACCAGAAAGUUUGAGCAGAUAAUCAAAGGAAUGAAUUAUGUCCUUGAUGUUCCAUUAACGGUUAAAAUCCGCACUGGAGUCCAGGAGAGGAGCAACAUCGCUCACAAACUCAUCCCAGAAAUGAAGACCUGGGGCGUCUCUAUGAUCACACUGCACGGUCGAUCCAGGGAACAACGCUACACAAAACUGGCCGACUGGGACUACAUCUCCACCUGCUCUAAGCUGGCCAGUCCUGUCCCACUGUUUGGAAAUGGAGACGUUCUCUCCUACGAAGACGCCAUGAAAGCGAGAGAAACCGGAGUUUCUGGUCUAAUGAUUGCAAGGGGAGCUCUCAUCAAGCCCUGGAUCUUUACUGAAAUAAAGGAACACAGACACUGGGACAUUUCCUCCUCUGAACGACUGGACAUCCUCAGAGAUUUCACUAACUUCGGUCUGGAGCACUGGGGGUCGGACACCAGAGGUGUGGAGAAGACUCGCACCUUCAUGCUGGAGUGGCUCUCCUUCAUGUGCAGAUACAUUCCUGUGGGUCUGUUAGAGCGAGUGCCACAGAAAAUCAAUGAGAGACCUCCAUAUUACCUGGGCAGGAACUACUUGGAGUCACUGAUGGCCAGUCAGAAUGUUGGAGACUGGGUCAAGAUAAGUGAAAUGCUCCUCGGUCCUGUACCCAAGAAUUUCAACUUCUUACCAAAGCAUAAAGCCAACGCCUACAAAUGACCUCUUUGAAAACAUAGAGGGUUUUUUUUUUCUUUUUAACUAAAGUUGUUUUCUUUUAACACACUAUUAAUCAGGUUUGAUAUGUGGUGCAAUGAGUGGAUAAUUGUGUUCUAAUGUGUAAAUAUGCCUCAAUAAAGUAUUUGUAUACUUUG